AUGCGACAGAAGCUGAUGUUGGUGAAUUGUCUCAAGUGGCGAAGGGAAGCUGAUAUUCAGUCCAUCAUUAACAUGAAAUUACCUCCUGAAUUCCAAGGUCAUGAUUCUCCACCCGAAUAUAAAGACGUCGAAGGCAGGCCGAUCCUCCUCACUACGUUUGGUAGUAUGGACCCCGCGAAAGUGUUCAGCAAUAUCAACGGUUUUGUAAGGUACCGAGUUAUGGUUUUCGAACGUGCUAUAGCACAUCUGUCCUUUCGUCGGGGAGACGCGGAAACGUUGCUGCAAAUUCACGACUACACUGGAGUGCCGAUGGUUUUCCAAGAGUCUAGCAUUAAAAAGUGCGUGAAUGCAUCAACACAUGUUUUCGCAGACUGUUAUCCAGAGUUCAAAGGAGUCACUAUUUUCGCAAAUUUCCCAACGCCGUUCGUUUUGAUCUUUAAGGCGAUGUCGGUGUUCAUCCCAACAAAAACAUAUAAAAAAUUCCAACUUGCUAACGUCAGUGAGACGCCUUGCAAAUUGGCAGAAUAUAUACACCCCGGAGUUCUCGAUCCGAGAUAUGGUGGGUUGCGAACUGAGGCUAGCAGGGGUUUGACGUCGGAAGGACACACGAGGAGUUUAUCGGCACGAGAAAGCGUGGAAAUUAGGGCGCUCGAAAAUGCCGCGAAAGGCGAUAAAAUUAUGUAUCAAGUUAGGGCGACUUAUGGAGCUGUUUUUGCUAAGGUCGUCUUUCGAUCUGUUGAUGGAAGUGAUGAAGUUACGGUAUACGAUAGUGGAAAAAAGGAAAUUCAGCCUUUUGGUGACAAGGCUGUUGUCGAAGGCACAUUCAAGUGUGAACGCCCAGGAGAUGUCGUUAUAAUGGUACGUAAUGUUGGCCGUUUUUCCACGAAAAUCGUGGCUUAUCGCGCUGAGAAAAUUUGA